CUCAAUAAAUCUCUUCUCCUAAGAUCUCAAUAAAGUUCAUAUAUUAUUUUAUUUUUUUUCCAGAAUAAAUGAAAAUAUUAGGUUAAAUUUUGAUAGCAUAAAUAAUGUUAAAUAUGAACGGGUGCUCAUAUAGAGAGAGAGAGAGAGAGAGAGAACCCUAGUAAGUAAUUGUUAUUUUGAAUGCGGAGAUGCAUCCGAAGCGAUCGGAGGGAUUACGGAGCAGCGGUCGGAUCAGCCGGCGUCCGACAAGUUACUCUCGGAGCAUCUACUAUUACACCCCGAGUAGCAGUAGCAUGAUUCACAAACGGCGCAGGAAGGCCAAGUCGAAGAACAGACCUGCUGCCUCCCGAAUCGCUAAGAUGAUGCGUUCCCAGCGAUCUCCCCAGCCCACCGCCACCACUCCGGUCGCCGCGAACCUCAAUACAAACGUGCCUCGCCGCUCCGAACGAAGGAGGACUCUGUCCGUCAAGAAUCCCAAUUAUGCAUCCGACUCUUCCGACGCUGAUGAAGACAUGAUGAAACCCUCUGCUUGUAAACCUAUCAAGAAUCGGGUUGCGUAUCAGGAUGAGUCAUCUCCUUCCAAGCACAACAGCAACAACAAACAGAUGGUGGAGAGACCGACCCCUCGCCGUGAAGGAUUGCGCCCUCGUCGCUCUAAGACUAUUUCCAAUGAAGAUUUAAUUUUUGGAUAUGAAGAUGAGCCGGGUAGCUCCGAAGACAAGGCCGAACAAGAGGAAACUGAAAAUGGGCAGGAUAUUGAAUACAAUGAUGCAGAUGAUGGUCAGAAUGAGGGUGAGGGUGACGACAUGGGUGAUGACGAUGACGAUGAUGAAGAGGGCGAAGAGGAGCAAGAUGGAAGAAGACGUUAUGAUCUUCGAAAUCGUGCAGAGGUCCGCAGGCUCUCUAUUGAACAAGGUAAGCGGAGACCACGAUCUCCUCGCAGAGUAUUACACCAAGGAAUGGGGCCAAAGGUCAGCAGGGAUGUAAGGAAGGGUGGCUCACGAGUCCAUAAGCGUCACCGAAUCUCAAGGACUGAUGAUUCUGAUGACUCCCUUCUUGUGGAUGAGCUCGACCAAGGCCCUGCAAUUCCGUGGGGGAAAGGCGGGAGCAGAUCAGGACCUCCUUGGCUUUUUGGGGGGCUUGAUAUGCAUGGAACAACAACAUGGGGGUUGAAUGUUGCUGCCUCGGGUUGGGGUCACCAGGGUGAUGCUUUUGCUACCUUGACAUCUGGAAUUCAAACUGCCGGGCCAAGUUCAAAGGGAGGGGCAGACAUACAACCCUUGCAGGUUGAUGAUAGUGUCAGUUUUGAGGAUAUAGGGGGACUUUCUGAAUAUAUUGAUGCUUUGAAGGAAAUGGUUUUCUUUCCUUUACUGUAUCCAGAUUUCUUUGCAAGUUAUCAUAUCACCCCACCAAGGGGAGUUUUGUUAUGUGGUCCUCCUGGUACAGGGAAAACAUUAAUAGCCAGAGCCUUAGCCUCUGCUGCGUCCAAGGCUGGUCAGAAAGUGAGUUUUUACAUGAGGAAGGGUGCAGAUGUGCUGAGCAAGUGGGUUGGCGAGGCUGAAAGACAGUUGAAACUUCUUUUUGAGGAAGCACAAAGAAAUCAACCUUCUAUCAUAUUCUUUGAUGAAAUAGACGGGCUGGCUCCUGUAAGAUCCAGUAAACAAGAGCAAAUUCAUAAUUCCAUUGUGUCUACCUUGCUUGCUCUCAUGGAUGGUCUUGAUUCCCGUGGACAAGUGGUUUUGAUCGGGGCAACCAACCGAAUUGAUGCAAUUGAUGGAGCUUUGCGACGCCCCGGUAGAUUUGAUCGUGAAUUCAAUUUUUCUUUGCCGGGUUGUGAGGCCCGUGCUGAGAUUUUAGACAUUCACAGUCGGAAAUGGAAGCAUCCUCCUUCAGAUGAGUUAAAAUUGGAGCUUGCAGCUAGUUGUGUUGGAUAUUGUGGUGCUGAUUUAAAGGCUCUUUGCACGGAAGCUGCCAUUCAUGCAUUCCGUGAAAAAUAUCCUCAGGUCUACACAAGUGAUGAGAAAUUUGUAAUUGAUGUUGAUUCAGUAAGGGUUGAAAAGUAUCACUUCAUUGAAGCCAUGUCAACAAUCACCCCAGCUGCUCACAGAGGUGCUGUUGUUCACUCUAGGCCAUUAUCUUUAGUAGUUGCACCAUGCCUGCAGAGGCAUCUCCAAAGAGCCAUGAACUAUAUAUCCGAUAUUUUCCCUCUGAUUGGAGUGUCAUCAGAAUUGACCAAGCUUACGAUGCUCACUUGUGGCUCUGCUAUUCCUCUUGUUUAUAGGCCUCGGCUUCUUCUAUGUGGCGGUGAAGGUUCUGGCCUGGAUCAUCUUGGGCCUGCUAUUUUACAUGAACUCGAGAAGUUUCCUGUUCAUUCUUUAGGACUUCCAUCUCUUCUAUCUGAUCCUAGUGCAAAGACACCGGAGGAAGCACUGGUACAUAUAUUCGGUGAAGCAAGGAGAACAACGCCAUCAAUUCUCUACUUGCCACAGUUCAAUAUGUGGUGGGAGACGGCACAUGAGCAGCUCCGCGCAGUUUUGCUGACUUUACUAGAAGAAUUUCCAUCUGAGUUACCUGUAUUACUACUUGCAACAUCAUCAGUGCCACCUGCUGAACUUGAUGCCAUGACGUCUUCAAUAUUUUUCGAACGAUCUGUCUAUCAGGUGGGUACUCUAUCUACUGAAGACAGAUCUUUGUUUUUUGACCGUCUGAUUGAAGCUGCCUUGUCAAUCAUGUUGGAGGGCACAACUAAAAGGUCUCAGGAAUCAGUAUCUGUCCCUGAACUUCCAAAGGCUCCAAAAGUGGAAAGCGGUCCAAAGGUGUCAGAGUUAAAAGCAAAGGUAGAAGCUGAGCAGCAUGCUCUUCGCCGAUUGCGGAUGUGCCUCAGAGAUGUUUGCAAUCGAGUUUUAUACGAUAAGAGGUUUAGUGCUUUUCACUAUCCUGUCUUGGAUGAGGAUGCUCCAAACUAUCGCUCAAUUAUCCAAAAUCCUAUGGAUGUUGCGACUCUGCUGCAGCGUGUUGACUCUGGGUUGUAUAUUACAUGUUCAGCAUUCCUGCAAGAUGUCGAUCUUAUAGUUUCUAAUGCAAAGGCCUAUAAUGGAGAUGAUUACAAUGGUGCUAGGAUUGUUAGUAGAGGUUAUGAGCUUCGAGAUGCGGUACACGGAAUGCUGUCACAGAUGGACCCUGCAUUAGUUGCAUAUUGUGAUAAGAUUGCUGCUCAAGGUGGUCCAGAACAUAUACCAGAAGAUUUAGGUGUAGCUACUUUCCCAUCAAUACCUGUUGUACAGCUGGGAACUGUCACUAGGGCGAGUGCUCGACUUCGUAAUGUCCAACCUGAGGUAAGUCUGGAUCAUAGCUAUGAGGCACUCAAACGACUGAAGAAGAGUAUUGAAGCCACACCUGCAGCUCCAACAGCAGAAGACAAGUCACAGCAUCAAGGUUCAGUACCGUCCACGUCAUCUCAGGAACCCGAGAUAAAUAACACAGGUCUCGGAGUGCCAGAAACCUCUUCUGUUGGUCUCAAUCAGCUUGAAACAUCUGACAUGGUAGAAGUUUCUAGCAAUGCUGAUGCGAGUGGAUCUGAAGACAUCAAGAUGUUAGAUGGUGAGAUUACAGACCAAAUGGAGUCUAUCAAGAGGCUUUUUGUGGAGCAGACCAAAACUUAUGACAUUCCACAGCUUGAGAGGCUUUACACAAGAAUUAUGAAGGGCAUUUUUGACAUCAAGGACAAGAGUGAUAUAGAUGGCACUAAGCAAUUAAUUUUGAAGUAUUUGUUGAAAUUUGCAGAGGAUAAAGCAAAUUUCUGAUUCCAAAAAGAAAACAAUUAUUUAGUCAGAUGUUUAUGCAAAAUUCCAAGAGUUAAAUAUCAAGUGACAGAAUUUUCUCCUCCC